AAGAGAGAGAAAGAGAGAGAUAAAGAGCGUUGCGUCAGUCACCCCGGCUGUUCAGGAGUGUGAGGAGCGGGAGGGAAGGAUCAGUGCCAGGACAAGGAGGACGAGGAAGACAAGGACAGCCACCAUGAACGAGGAUGAGAUGCAGUUGGCUCAGGCCCUUGCCAAAAUGGGUGGACCACGCACUCCUAUGGCGGCCAAACUGAAGAACAAACUGCAGGGCUUUCGGCGAACCCGCUCACUCAAUGCCCCAUCACCCAUUCAACAGUUUGGUCCCUGUGGCCGAAUCAUGCGGAACUCAGCGAUGGUCAUGACCAUCCAGGACCCUGCCAGCCAGCGCCUCACGUGGUACAAGCCGCCCCUGUCCGUUCUGGUGAUCAAGAAAGUGAGGGACGCCCAAGUCAUCCAGCCUUUCAUUCAGCUUGUUAAGUGGCUCAUUAUUGAGAAACGCAUGCUGGUGUUCGUGGAGGCGUCGGUGAUGGAGGACAGUCACGUCACGAGUCAUUCGGGCUUCCCAUUGCUCAAGGACAAGCUCAUGAACUUUAGGGAGGGACAGGACGACCUCACCGAUAAGAUCGACUUCAUCAUCUGCCUUGGCGGGGACGGGACGCUGCUGUACGCCUCCUCUCUCUUUCAGCAAAGUGUCCCUCCUGUCAUGGCCUUCCAUCUCGGCUCGCUUGGUUUCCUCACUCCCUUCAAGUUCGACAACUUUCAGGACCAAGUCACAAAUGUUCUCGAGGGACAUGCGGCGCUCACCCUGCGCUCUCGCCUUCGCUGCAUCAUCAUCCGCAAGGACCGAGACGGGGAAGGGAAGCCGCCCCCCACCAACCUGCUGGUGCUGAACGAAGUGGUGAUCGACCGUGGUCCCUCCCCCUACCUCUCCAAUAUUGAUCUCUAUUUGGAUGGCAAACGUAUCACCUCAGUGCAAGGCGAUGGCCUCAUCGUCUCCACCCCAACUGGCAGCACAGCUUAUGCCGUCGCUGCGGGUGCCUCCAUGAUCCACCCGUCCGUUCCUGCCAUCAUGCUGACACCCAUCUGCCCCCACUCCCUCUCCUUCAGGCCCAUUGUGGUGCCCGCCGGAGUGGAGCUAAAGAUUGCAGUCUCUAAAAACAGCAGAAACACAGCCUGGGUAUCCUUUGAUGGCAGGAAAAGACAAGAACUAUUUUACGGGGAUAGCCUGCGUGUCACCACCUCCAUCUACCCCGUGCCGUCCAUCUGUGCCGAGGACCAGAUAGCCGACUGGUUUGCCUCCCUGGAUGAGUGUCUGCGCUGGAACGACCGUAAGCGACAGAAGCACUUUGACGACCCAGAAGACCCAACAGACCUCACUCCAGGUCUCACCCACUCCUCCAGCUCAGACACCCUCGACUCCCUCAGUGAAAGAAAUGAGGUCUGUGAUAACUAGGUUUACUGAAAAUAAGGUUGAAGCGAGCAGUACUUUUUCAGCGAGCUUGUAAUCAAGAGACAAAAGUUGCCAACAAUGCACAAAGGCAACACUGACCAUUUCUUCAAGUUCGCUUACUCCGGUAGGUGCAGGAAGCUCCAUUGCCGCACACAGAUCACAAGUAUCAGCGGCCUUCACACCCUGGAGUACUCACACCCUGGGGUACUCAAACCUCAUCACAAGCACAGUACCUAAAGUGAAGGCCCCAGGAGAGCAGCGGCACUGACCCAGCGUGACGCAUCUCUUGUCGGGGCCACACUCUGGCUGCCAAGGACACAGAGCACUUGUCAUCCUGGCCACCCCUCUCAGCUGCCCCACACCUUACGUCUCACCCCACUGUGUGCCCCAGGUGUCUGUUUUACCCACAUCACUCACCCCAAGAGACAUUCUCAUAAGGUGGUGUGGGCUGAGGGAGGCAAGCAAGGCAGGCAGGGCAGGGGGGUUGUAUGAGUGAGAGAAGUGAUGCUUGUUAGGGAAGAUGUAUUCAGCUGAUCCUUCUAAACCUUAUUUCUGUGAUACGAUAAAGAAAUGUGAAGCAUGAGUGUCCACAGUGUUACCCAGCCUCCACAGGGACUAGAGGUGCAUGACCGUGGUGGUUGUGAGGAUGUGGAGGCAUCACCAGAGGCAGCAGGUGUGGUGGUGGUCAAGGUGGUGGUGGUAGUAGUGCCAGUAGCAGUAGCAGUAGUUAGUGUGGGGUGAGUCCUCACCUACCAGUGGUAAGGGGGGACAAGCAGGCAGCAGCAUGGCCCUGCCUCUGCUGUGUGGGUUCAAGCUUCAGUGCAACUUGUGAGGUUUCCAUGAGCAGGAAAUGUUUGUUGUGAAACAUAUUAUCAGAGACAUUUAUACAUUUUUAGCAAUAUUUUAUAUUUACCUGCAACUUGUAUAGACAUUUUUUUUAAUUCAGAUCUUGACUUGAUUACUUUCUUAUUUCCUCAGUUUUCUUGAGGUUAAAUAUAAAACUUUUAUUGAAGGAAGUGUUUGGAGAGAGUAAGGCUCUAUAAAUAUUAAUCAUGAUGAAGUGAGGCAAACCAUACCAGCAUGAAUUUGCUGUAAGUGGCAUCAGGUGCUGCAGGGUGUCUCCCAGUAGAGGGUGCUCCUAUGCCAGCAUGGAGGAGGUGCACCAGUCACAAGGCGGGCCUUUCAGUUACUCUGCUCUCUCUCUCUCUCUCUCUCUCUCUCUCUCUCUCUCUCUCUCUCUCUCUCUCUCUCUCUCUCUCUCUCUCUCUCUCUCUCUCUCUCU